UCUGGCCCCUCCGUUGUCAAACGCGCUUGUGAUAGCUGUCAUCGACGUAAAGUCAAAUGUAUUGGCGAAGGAACCAAUCCGUGCAAGAACUGCGUCUCCGCCGGGCUCGCCUGUACAUACAAUGCCAUCCCUCAGAAGAAGGGCCCUAAGGGCAGUCGAUCCAAAGUGCUUUCUGAGCUGCGAGAGACGCAGAAGCAAUCGCCAUAUGCCCCUUCAGGAUCCGUCUACGAUCAGUCGUCCAUCCGGUCACGAUCCCAUUCUCCCCACCUAGGACGAUCGGGAUUGUUGACGCCGGAGCUGGUCAACUUCUGCGCGGAGUACUUCUUCGCAAAUCUCUAUUCCACUCACCCAGUCCUCGAUCGCCAGCAACUCCAAGAGGUGGUGUUGCUCCUCGAUACCUCCGUGGAGGCAUACAGUACCGUCACGGCGCUAUGUGCGUACAUGGCGUUGCAGCCGGGAAUUGCCCUGCCGCCGGGGCUGGGACUCCGUCCGGAUCUGGCGCUGGUCACUCCUUUCCAGCUGGGCAAUCUGCUGCUCGAAGAGGCGGUGCGGGCGAACAAGUUGCAUGAGGAUAUGGAAAACGUGGCCAUUCAGAGGAUCGUGGUGGCGUACUUAAUUUUCGGGUGCUACCACUGUUUAGACAGGCAGAACACGGCGUGGGUGUAUCUUCGUCUCGCGACCACGCUUGCCUACAUCAUGGGCUUACACAGUGGAGAGACGUACAACGUUAACAAUCCAGGAGAAUCGGCGAAACGAAGGAAACUGUUCUGGUUGCUGUUUGUGACGGAGAGGGCAUUUGCACUAAAACACCACCGGCCGAUCACUCUCCACGCCACGAUCCCCGUCCCAUCAGUGAACGACGACCCCUCCGAACUGCACGAUAUGGCCGGUUUCAUCCACCUCAUCAACCUCUUCAAGCCCUUCAACGAGACGUUCUUCGGCCUCUGGAACCGAACGCAGACCGGCGCCGUCCCCGCGUGGCUACAUCAGCUCCAACUGCAGCUGUCGGAGGCCCUCCCGAGCUACCUCGACACCACGGAGAUCCAGGCGGUGGACCUGCGCGUGUCGCAGCUAUGGUUGCGGACCAUGGUCUGGCAGUUGGCCGUGAGCCACGGCUUCGUCUCCUCCGUCGCCUCGGACAGCACCCUCCAAUUCCGUUAUCCGAUCGAGAUCUCCCGGGAGUUGACCGAAGCGACCACGGAGUUCUCCAGACAUGCGAUCGAGACGCAUGGAAUCGGGCUGGUGGAAAAGCUCUUCGACAUUGCCUGCACCCUCACCGACAUCCUCGCCUUCGCCUCCCCCGCCCAACAACAGAGUACCGCCUACGGCCUCGACACCAACUCCGGCCGUACCUACCUCUCCUACAUGGUUUCGCUCAUCACCUCCCUCCGCGCCGCUCAACCGCGCCACCACUCCCUCCUC